GUUUCUAUGGCGACGGAACAGCCUAACGUAUGACAACUGAGGUGUGGUUACAGAGAAGCAUGGCAACCACUCACAACACACAUGAACACAAAAGUAUGUGUGACUCCAAAUGCCAAGAUUUCAGCUACCCCAGCAGCCUCUGCUUACUCAGAUUCCCCCACCUCAGCUCUACCCUGCACCACGCUCAGGAUACAUCAAAGAGAACAUCAUUGAAUUGUUGCUGAAGCAAAAUGCCCAGAUGCACCAGAUCAUAAUGCAUAAUAUGAUGCUCAAAGCAUUGCCUCCACUGCGCCCCUCAAACUACAUACAGUAUCUUGGGCAGUCCUAAAUCUGUAUUUCCAGGACAGCCUUACCCAUUUUUGUAAGGCCAGAUGUAAAACCAAGAGAAAGUGCUGUGCAUCAUCAUCAUCAUCAUCAUCAUCAUCAUCAUCAUCAUCAUCAUCAUCAUCAUCAUCAUCAUUAUUAUUAUCAUAACUAUGGUCCUACCCCUGCAGCACCACAGCUGCUUCCCAUCAGCAACCCUACAUGGCUACCAGCGGUGUCAUCUGUCCCAGCAGGACAAGAAGGGGGACAUCUGCACUCGAUACACCAUGUAACAGCCCCUUUCACACUCCCACCACUCAAUGUAUUUGACCCUGAGAGUCUCCUAAUGCCUCUGAAUCGAAAACUGCAUAGCAUGCACAGAAAACUUGUUGGAAGUGAAGCUCUGACUGUGACUGAUCAAACAUGA